AGCUGUGUUUGUUAGGGAUGGAGAAAAAGUGUGGUUUACAGGAUGAUUUGUAUCUUAAAGAGCGUAGCUUUCAGGGAAGAGUACCGUCACAUCUAGAUAAAAACGAAUGUAAAUAAUUGAACAGAGCAAAUGUGUAUUAACACACUACCUAUUCAUAGAAGUAUUUAUUCAUCAUCUACAUGUUCAUAUUAAGCUUCUACGUCUGUGUACAGGACGGAAGAGAAAAUAUAUCAGCUUAUUGUUAAAUUAUUAUAACGUUCUUUCCAAUACAGAAGUGUCCUAACUAUUGUUUCCAAACUGCGUUACCCACUCCAGCCAGCAGAUGGCGGAUAUUUCAGGUGAUGCUACUUGCGUGACGUAUAAUGGACUGGACGGGACGCUUCUUCAGGAACAACAACACGGCUUCUCUUUCAACCACCUCGAAGAGGAGAUCUGCUGUAUGGAGAAUGAAGCUCUGGGACUGAACAUUGUCGUGGAAGAUGAAGAUGAUGUUAUUGAAGAAACAGAGGAAGGACAUUUUAGAGAGGAAGAGGAUGCUGUCGCAAUAAAGGUGAAGGAGGAAGACGUCUUGGGAGUGAAAGGGGAGACAGAAUAUCAGAUUAACACCAGCCCUUUUCACACAGGAGAGAGACAUGACUAUGGUGGAUCCUCUGGGAAGAAGCCUCAACAACAUCCUGAUGCUGACGAGUCCGAGAAGAGUCUCUCCGGGUCAGAACACCAGAUGGACAACGCUAGCCCUUCGUCCCUCCCAGAGUCCAUGUGUCUUGCCUCUCCCGGUAGCACCUUACUGCUGGGUAUGAAGAGGUUGUCUGUGCUGCUGGUGGACUGCAGGAAAACAACAGAGCUGAGUGGAACUGUGAGAGGAGGAGAAGAGAAGAAAGGAUCAGAUUUGACUCAUCAAAGUAAAAAAAACAAACCCUGAGGAACCAGGGACUUCCAAACCGGCAAGACAACACCUCUGCUCCCAGAUUGGAAAGAGUUUUACCAAGUUAGGAAGUCUGAAAAGACAUGUGAGGAAACACACAGCAGAGAAGCUACACCAUUGUGCCCAGUGUGGAAAGAGUUUUAACCACUUAGGAAACAUGAAAUCUCAUGAGCAAAUACACACUGGGGAGAAGCCAUACCUUUGCGCCCAGUGCGGAAAGAGUUUUAGCCGCUUAGGACAACUGAAAUGUCACGAGCGAAUACACACAGGGGAGAAGCCAUACCAUUGUGCCUGGUGUGGAAAGAGUUUUAAGGUCUCAGGAAUGCUGACAACUCAUGAGCGAAUACACACAGGGGAGAAGCCUUUCAAAUGCUCAGACUGUGGGAAGACAUAUUACUCAUCACAGUCACUUAAAAGUCAUGUGAGAAUCCACACAGGAGAGAAUAAUUACUUCUAGUGUGAAUAUUGAUAUUUCACUUCACAUGGACUUCAUCAGAGAACACACACAGUGGCCCCGUUGUCUUAUAUUGUUGACUGACAAUGUGUUUACCUGUUUAUACCAGAUGAAAUGUAAUUGUACAACAAAACAUGAAGUGAAUAUGGAGUAUUUCAGUUUGAAAAUAGAGUAGAUCAGAUUCCAUGUGUUUAAAUGGUCUUUUUUUUAAACUGUGUGUUAUUCUCUCUGAGCUCAGAAAUAAAGAGUCUUGGUUUGA